UCUGUUUAUCUUGGGCCGCGUUUCGCCUUGAGAAGGGGAAGAAGAAGGCCUCAGUGGAGGACGCCUCAGUUGCCCUCUUGUCACUGAGGAGGAAGGAGGAGGAGGAGGAAGCAGCUUGGGUGUCUCUUGAGGGAGAAAUAGUUUGGGAGAAGGAAUGGGAAGGGAGCCUUCCUUAAGCAAGAGGGGGAAAUAGCCUCACCCUCUUUCUGAGGGGAAGGAGACGUUAGGAAGAGAGCCUGCCUUUGGAGAAUGAGAGGAUGAACCAGAAGGACACUUGUGUGCACCUUUUUGCUGGAGGAUGUGGGGGCACUGUAGGUGCAAUUCUGACAUGUCCACUAGAAGUUGUGAAAACACGGCUGCAGUCUUCUUCUGUUACCCUCUAUAUCUCCGAAGUUCAUCUAAAUACUGUGAAUGGUGCCAGUGUUAAUCGUGUAACUAGAGUUUCCCCGGGGCCUCUCCAUUGCUUAAAAAUGAUUUUGCAAAAGGAGGGGCCUCGCUCACUCUUCCGGGGACUAGGUCCUAACUUGGUAGGCGUGGCUCCAUCCAGAGCAAUAUAUUUUGCUGCUUAUUCCAACUGCAAAGAAGUACUGAAUAAUAUCCUCGAGCCAGACUCGACCCAAGUGCACAUGACCUCAGCUGGAGUGGCAGGUUUUACUGCAAUUACAGCAACCAAUCCAAUUUGGUUAAUAAAAACACGAUUACAACUUGAUGCAAGAAAUCGUGGGGAAAAGCGGAUGAGUGCUUUUGAAUGUGUUCGCAAAGUCUAUCAUGCAGAUGGAAUUAAAGGUUUUUACCGAGGAAUGUCUGCCUCUUAUGCAGGCAUAUCAGAGACUGUUAUUCACUUCGUGAUAUAUGAGAGUAUUAAGAGAAGACUGCUGGAAUAUAAAUCUGCUUCUGCGAUGGAUGAGGAAGAUGAAUCUGUCAAGGAAGCAUCAGACUUUGUUGGCAUGAUGAUGGCUGCAGCCACUUCCAAAACAUGUGCCACAUCAAUAGCCUAUCCACACGAGGUUGUCCGAACAAGGCUACGAGAAGAAGGAACAAAGUACAGAUCUUUUUUCCAAACACUCUCUUUACUGGUGCGAGAAGAAGGCUAUGGCUCUCUCUACCGUGGCCUAACAACACACUUGUUUAGACAGAUACCAAACACAGCUAUAAUGAUGGCAACGUAUGAAGUGGUAGUCUACUUUCUCAACGGAUAGCAGUGGUACCACAAGUUCUUAGGAAAUUGAAGACCAAAAGCUUGCAGUGGACCAUGAACUCUCAGUAUGAUAGGCAGCCGAAAAAUCUUAUCAAGGAUCUGCAGCUGUGUGGACAAAAUGGAAGACUGACAGGCAAUCAUGCUCACUCAUGCUGCCUUAUCAUAUGGCAUAUUUUGCAAUGUGAUAGCCUGAAGCUGCUCCUGGGGGAUUGCCUUUAAACGCCUCAUAUUUCAAUUGCAAACUUCUCCUAUUGUGUCAGCUGUUCUAAUGCUAUGCAGUAAGCAUCAGGGACUUGGUGAGACAUGAGGGUCAUAAUGUGUGUCCAUAUUGCGAAGCAUGUGUAUUCAUUUCCAUGCCAGUUCAUUGCUGCAUUCAGAUUCAUUUUCUGUUACUGCACAGUAACCUGUUGGAAGGAAAAGUGGGCCUGUCCCUUGUUUCAGCAGAUUCAUAAUUGGUCAUGUCUCGAACUCCGUUUUGCAGUGUGAAAUAAAGUGAGAGGUAACGAUUCACAUUAAGCUCCCCAUUUUACUACCUCAGGGGGUCUUACAGGGAAGCUUAAUUUUCUCAGUACAAAAAUGUGGCCUUUGUUUGCAGAGAUGGAGACUGCAGGUGGUAAAAUAUUCUGUGGAGUUCUGACUACUUUGAUACCUGACAUUCAUAGUGCCGCUAGGCAUGUUAAUUACGCUAAGUAUUUUCUGCCAUGAAAUGGAGAAGAGCCUUUGGAAGGAUCCACCUGAGGCAGAGUUCUCUUCUCUUGGGCUCUGUACAGUCUGUGACCAAAAAGCCCACCGGGACUCUUGAUUAAGACAGUUCCGCCUACAAAGAACUGAAUGUUGGGUCUAGGUGCUAGAAGAGCUUUUGUGAAUUGCUUUAAAAUCCCCGAAAAGCAACAAAUACAGGGCAGUGUUUGGUCAUUCAAAACUUUGUUUGCUUUUAUCUAUGGCCUAAUCCCAAACCAACUUGAAACCUCCAUUAAUUAGAGCAUCAGAACUCUUUAUUAGAUUUGAAGAUCAUUAGAGUGCAUCAAUAUUAUGCCAAAAAAGCACUACUAUUGAAGUUUGGUAUUGACAAACAAUAAAUAAAUAAUCAAAUACUUUGGUUUAAACAUUCCCUUCUGACUUAUUCCUUGCUUCAUCUUGAAAUGCUUUGCAGAAGAUCUUAUAAAAUGAAAGCUUCUGCAUUUUUUAGAAUGUCCAGCCUUCAAAAUCUAUGUUAACAGCUCCUAUGCAGCAUUAUUUGUUACAUUUUAAGAAUGGUUCUUUGCUUUGCUCAUACUAGCUACAUAUGGCAAAUAACCGCUUUUAAUGUUCUAACAAUAAAUACAUGCAUUUUACUUUUGUCAUCUAUUCUGUGGUUAUAGUACAGCUGCUAUAGAGAUACUUCCAUCCUCAGUGGGCUUUCUAACCAAGUAUUACUUCACUGACAUAACUGGUAAUGACUCUAAGGAGAAAAGAUUGUGAAUUCAUUAGUGUGUACUUAACACAAUUAAUUUAUCUUUAAAUUGUGACUUGCACUUUUAUGCCUUUAUUGGCUUGUGACUUUCAUGCCUUUAUAGAUUUCCUGCCCUUCUUUUUUUUUUUUUUUAAUGUUUUGGAGCCAUGUCCUGAGUUAAAUAAUUGUAUACAUUUCUACUUAGAAAUGAGUCCCUUUGAGUUCUCUGGGACUUUCUUCUAGGUUAGUGUGUAUAGGAUUGCAGCCUAAGACCCAUGUAUGAAAUAUCCUAAAUCUUGCACUCUUUUACCAAUAGCAUUUAGAAGGGCAUCUGACCUCCGAUUUUGUUUAUGUGUCUCUGAAAGUAAGGUUAAAAUAAGGUCUGAAAAGAAAUGUAAAAAUUGAUUAUUCUCUGUGAGAUGUACAGAAACUGAGUUAUUGUGUGCUAGAUUUGAAAAUGAGACUACAACAUGUGUAUAGACACCUUGAAGGGGGGGGGGGGAAUCAUCCAACUGAUCCUGUGAGUCCUCUGUUUUGUGACAAAUUAUUUCACUUGCAACUUUUCCUAUGUGGGUAAAUUUGGGUACCACACCUUUUGACCUCCAGUGCAAUUUUUCUGCACCCUUUCAACAUCGAGCAGCAAAAUGGCUUGCUCUCAAUGUUGUAUGCGACCUCAUUAUAUGUACAUAUCAUAAGGAUGUGAUUUGAUUCUAAAUUUUGUUAACAGUAGCAAGGGGCAAAUUCUGUACUGUAGCCAUAUUAUGAAGCCGUGUUAACUUCCCAUCCAAACAAGACCAGUAUUUUUCUGCUUCUUCCAUCAGGUGAAAUCAGUGUUGUA